CUUUGUGGUUCGGGAGUGUUGCUGUCGUAGCUGUGUGGUGGAACAGACUCCUAUAUACUCCAGCAUACUGUUGAUUUUCUCCUCCUCCUCCUCCUCCUCCUCCUCGUCCUCUUCUACCUCUUUAACCACUGUAGUUGCUGGAGGAAGGGCACUUGUGCAUGACUCACUCCCCCUGCUAACCUUUCAUUCAUUCAGCAGAGAGAAAGGGAAGGAGUGAGGGAGGGGGUUUCUGUAGAGGCUCUCCACUGGAGGGCGAGAGGUAACAGGACUGGGCAGCAGUAUCAGGAGGCAGGGACACACAGAAGGAGAGGACAGCAGCUGGACAAAAUCCUGCCCGGGGAUCUGACAAGCUCCGGAUUUACCUUCAAUCAGCUGUUCACGAAAAGAGAUGCUGUUGUCCCAGUGAAACACUAGAUGCAGCACUGAACAUCCUCAUCUGCUGUCCUCGGUCAUCCAGCUGUCCCUGACACAACUCUAACAUCUGUCUGAUCUGAGAGCAGCCAUGACGAAGUCAUAUGAAUUCAACUGGCAGAAGCAUGUCCCUGAUUUCCUGCAGGAAGGUGCCGUCUUUGACAGAUUCGAUGAGGAUCCUUUUGUCUUUGAAUCCAGCUGCCUUUUCAAAGUUGACGAAUUUGGAUUCUUUCUCACAUGGAAAGGUGAUGGCAAGGAGGGCCAAGUCCUCGAAUGUUCCCUCAUAAACAGUGUCCGCCCAGGAGCAGUGCCAAAGGACCCAAAGAUCGCCGCAUCUCUGGAGGCAGCGGGGAGGAGCGAGGCCGAUCUGGAAGGCUGCGUCAUCUGUGUGUGCAGUGGCCCCGACCUGGUCAACCUCAGCUUCAUGUACAUGGUGGCUGACAGCACUGACACUGCCAAGAAAUGGAUGGAUGGGCUGAAAUCAGUCAUUCACAACUUCAAGGCAAACAACGUGUGUCCAAUGACUUGCCUUAAGAAGCACUGGAUGAAACUGAGCUUUCUGACUAACGUCAAUGGGAAAAUCCCAGUCCGAGGCAUCACAAGGACAUUUGGCUCGGGCAAAACUGAGAAAGGAAUAUUCCAGGCCUUGAAAGAGCUCGGCCUCCCCAGUGGGAAGAAUGACGAAAUUGACCAUUCCGUGUUCACCUUUGACGUCUUCUAUGCGCUCACUCAGAAAAUAUGCCCGCGCACAGAUAUUGAAGAACUCUUCAAAAAGAUCAAUGGGGACAAAAGUGAUUAUUUAACAGUAGACCAGUUAGUCAGCUUUCUGAAUGAAAACCAGCGGGACCCUCGGCUGAAUGAAAUCCUUUUCCCCUUCUAUGACCCCAAACGAGUCAUGCAGAUCAUCGAGAAGUAUGAAAGAGACGAAGACCUAAAGAAGAAAGGUCGUAUGUCCAACGAUGGUUUCUGCCGGUACCUGAUGUCAGAUGAGAACGCUCCUGUGUUUCUGGACCGCCUGGACCUGUGUCAGGACAUGGACCAGCCUUUAGCACACUACCUCAUCAGCUCCUCACACAACACAUACCUGACAGGCAGACAGUUUGGAGGCAAAUCGUCUGUGGAAAUGUACAGACAGGUGCUGCUUUCUGGAUGCAGAUGUGCGGAGCUAGACUGCUGGGAUGGAAAAGGAGAAGAUCAAGAACCCAUCAUUACCCACGGAAAGGCCAUGUGUACUGAUAUUCUCUUCAAAGAUGUAAUUCAGGCGAUUAAAGAGACCGCUUUCGUGACAUCGGACUAUCCUGUUAUUCUUUCAUUUGAAAACCACUGCAGUAAACCUCAGCAGUAUAAGAUGGCAAAGUACUGUGAGGAUAUCUUCGGAGACCUGUUACUCAAACAGCCACUGGAGGGCUUUCCAGUACGUGAUCUUCUGAAUCAUCACUCACACACGAUCUAUCAAAGACCUAGAGAGUGUGCCAUGAUUGAGGCUGGACGCCCACUACCUUCCCCAAAUGACCUCAAAAGAAAAAUCCUCAUAAAAAAUAAACGCUUAAAGCCAGAAGUGGAACAGAAGCAACUGGAGUCGUUUAAGAGACACAUGGAGGCAGGAGAGAUGAGUGUACAGGCAGGAGAGGAUGAAAAUGAAGAAGACAUAGAGAACGCAGACGGUAAAGACCUCAACUCGGAGACAAAAACCCGCAACAACAUCUCCUCAGAAGAGCCAAGUGAACAAGACACACAUGAAAACAGUGUCAGGAAGUACAAGAUUCCUGAUGACGAGACCACAGAGGUUUCAGAGGCAACAGAAGCAGAUGCAACUGAUGUGUCAGAGGCUUCAGAUCUUGAUAACAAGAAGAAGGGUGUGGAUACGGCAGAGGAUGCAGAUGCUGAACAGCAGCUAAUUGCCUCGUAUAAGUAUGAAGGCGCCACAACCAACAUCCAUCCUUAUCUUUCUGCCAUGGUGAACUACGCCCAGCCAGUCAAGUUCCAGAACUUCGAGAUUGCAGAGGAGAAAAAUAUUCAUCACAACAUGUCAUCCUUUAAUGAGUCUGUUGGUCUUGGCUACCUAAAAACCAACGCCAUUGAAUUCGUGAACUAUAACAAGCGGCAGAUGAGCCGGAUCUAUCCCAAAGGAGGCCGUGUGGACUCCAGUAAUUACAUGCCUCAGAUCUUUUGGAACGCUGGGUGCCAGAUGGUGUCUCUGAACUUUCAGACUCCAGAUUUGGCUAUGCAGCUGAACCAGGGGAAGUUCGAGUACAACGGUGCGUGUGGGUACCUACUGAAACCAGAUUUCAUGCGCCGCUCUGACAGGAUGUUUGACCCAUUCUCUGAGACACCAGUGGACGGUGUCAUCGCUGCCACCUGCAGUGUUCAGGUGUUCUCGGGUCAGUUUUUAUCCGAUAAGAAGAUUGGCACAUACGUAGAAGUGGACAUGUACGGCCUUCCCACUGACACCAUCCGAAAAGAGUUCCGCACCCGCAUGGUGAUGAACAACGGCCUGAAUCCAGCCUACAAUGAAGAGCCUUUCGUUUUCAGAAAGGUCAUCCUACCUGAACUGGCUGUGCUCAGAAUCGCAGUGUAUGAUGAUAAUAAUAAGCUGAUUGGUCAGAGGAUCCUGCCACUGGACGGCCUUCAGGCUGGUUAUAGACACAUCUCUUUGAGAAACGAGGGUAACAAACCGCUCUCUCUACCCACCAUCUUCUGCAAUAUCGUCCUCAAGACCUACGUACCUGAUGGCUUUGGGGCUAUUGUGGAUGCUCUCUCAGACCCAAAGAAGUUCCUUUCCAUAGCAGAGAAGAGAGCAGAUCAGAUGAGAGCUCUUGGUAUUGAAACGAGUGACAUUGCAGAUGUGCCAAAUGAAAUGUCCAAGAAUGAUAAGAAGGGCAAAGUGAAUCAGGUGAAGGCGAGCGUGACGCCUCAGACCAGCGCAGACAUGGGUCAGACCUACAGCACCACUCAGAACAACAGCUCUGAAACCAAGAAAGAUUCUGCUCUGGUGAACCAGGUGACCAUUGAGGACCUGAAACAGAUGAAGACCUAUGUUAAACUAAUAAAGAAGCAACAGAAAGAGUUAAACACUUUGAAGAAAAGACAUACAAAGGACCACAAUGCCAUGCAGAAAUCCCAUUGUACCCAAGUGGACAAGAUGGUGGCUCAACAUGACAAAGAGAAAUUUACACUGGAAAAACUGCUCGAGAAAGCAAUCAAGAAGAGGGGAGAAAACAACUGCUCUGAGUUAAAGAAGGAGAUUGCAGGAAAAGUGGAGACCCUCACGUCCGACCACAAAGCAAAGGUGAAGGAUAUCGUAGCCCAGCAGACGAAGGAGUGGUCUGAGAUGAUCAACUCUCACAGCACGGAGGAGCAGGAGAUGAAGGACGCACAUGUGACGCAACAGUGUGAGCAUCUGAAGAAACUAUUGUCUACCGUCCAGGAGCAGCAAACCCUGCAGCUCAAACUUAUCCAUGAACGACAGAGCAAAGAAAUGAAGGCUAAUCAGGCCAAGACAUCCAUGGAGAACAGUAAAGCCAUCAGCCAGGACAAGAGCAUUAAAAACAAGGCUGAGAGGGAACGGAGGGUGCGGGAAUUGAAUAGCAGUAACACAAAAAAGUUCCUUGAGGAAAGAAAACGGUUGGCUAUGAAGCACUCAAAAGAAAUGGAGCAGUUGCAGAAAUCGCAGCGUGAGCAGCUGGAGAAACUGGAGAAAUUCAACGAGCAGCUUUUGAAAUCACAUCAUGCAAACUCUCAGAGUCAAGGCCAAGGACAUGCAGCAGAUGGUGAAGCUGGAGGCGGAGAUGGACCGCAGACCAGCCACAGUGGUUUAGCCACUCCAGCCAUCAACUAAGUAACAGAGAGAGACUCCUUCUCUACACCACCAUCCUCAACUCCCAAGUUCUGUAAAUUCCAAAAACUCUGAACACUUCUCCUCCUUCUUGUUCUUCUUCUUCUUCUCCUCAUAGUCUUUGACUGCUCUGAGGCUCCUGUCGACCGUUUGUGGAUCCCUAAGAACUCCAUCAAGCAUGGAAUGAAAAAUAUGGCUCCACCCCUAAUAAAGCUUCCUCCGUUGCUCCCUUUUGCUCAGCUCCUCUCCACUGCCUAUAUCCAACCAGCCCUUAACGUCGACCUCUGUCUGUAGUCCGUCCUCACUGCUGAGGUGCUCCUUCUGCUAGGUUUUCUGCAGGAACUAGACCCAUGUUGGAUGCACACACACACACAGCAGUGUUUUUUGUUUUGUUUUUUUCCUGCCAUUGCCAGUGCUCACACUUUGACAAUUCCUGUCAUGGCGGCUCAAGAUGGACAGAAGUCAAAGUGUUCUUUAUAAGCCUUUUAAGUUAUGUCUCAAUGGUACUAGAGUAUAGUAGCAGCACCAGGCAUCUAAAGGCAUAACAGAAACGAUUUUAUUUGUGUUCUUUGUCAGUACAAAUUUGUGAAAACAAGUUGAGAAAAAUAUCCUGAGCACUUUAUUUGUGAUAGGCUGUCAAAGAAAUUUGUAGCAACGCACUCGGUUAUACCUGUACUAAGAAGAAACAGUCAAAUGUCCAAACACUGUUUUGAGGAUGAAAAGGUCUGAUGUGAAUGAAACCAAACAAAGCAGACAACGUAGUAGUUCUUACACUUUUUUUCUUAUGAAAUGCAGUUUGUUUUUAAGACUUACUUCUAUUAUUUUUGUUUAAUUCAUUAUCAGGUAAAGAUUGUUUGUUUAUUUGUUUUAGCAAUGUUUGGUCUGAAAUACCACUAUGACUUGUUUUGUGUUUGCAGAUAUAUUUGGACACUGUACUGUACCUGUUACACUGUUUGUUUGUUUGUUCACAGAUUUACAUGUAAUGAGAGUUAUUGUGUUGACAUUCCAUGAUGGAUCUAAGUGGUAAAGUGGAAAAGGUUUCCAUGCACUACAGGAAUUUUGUUUGGAAAUGAUCGGUUUGCUCCCAGCACUCAACAAAAAUUCAUUUGGCAACAAUCGUUGAAAUUGGCUGAGUGGAAUGAAGAUUGUUUGUGAAGGUUCUCAGUCAUCCAGGUCAUCAUAAACCGUAGGUGCAAAAGAAGGCAACUGGACUUGCUUGAAAUCCUUGAAGACAUUUCACCUCUCAUCCAAAAGGCUUCUUCAGUUCUGUCUGACUAGUGGGGAGUUCCAGGUAUUUAUCAUCUAGUGGACCAAAAGCAACCCUAAGGAGAGUUGUUGAGGUCACAUGGGUUGUUGACCCUCUCAAUCAUCCUGUAGGUUAUUAGGGUCACUGGAGGCCAGGUGUGAACAGUGUUGGGCCAUUAGGGCGAUCUAUGGGUCGUUAGCUCUCUCUGCCAUCAUGUGAAUCAUUGAAGACAGCUGAGUUGUGGUGUGGAUGUGUAUUCAGUUUUCUGGGAAGUGUGCCAAGGACUGCAUUGUCGGUGGCUGAUAAGUGGUGUCUCAGACCACCUCCUCUAUUCAGUGAUGGCCGUUCCAGGUUCAUGAAGAUGGUUUCAGGACUGCAAUGUGGCGGCACAGUGGUGUAGUGGUUAGCACUGUCACCUCACAGCAAGAAGGUUCUGGGUUCGAGUCCAGCGGCUGACGGGGGCCUUUCUGUGUGGUGUUUGCAUGUUCUCCCCGUGUCUGUGUGGGUUUCCUCCAGGUGCUCUGGUUUCCCCCACAGUCCAAAGACAUGCAGUUAGGUUAACAUGGGACAGCCUUGGGCUGAAGUGCCCAAGAGUGGCAGUGUGCACGUAUGCAGCGGCUUUGUUCUCCUAUGACGAACUAAAUUUCGUUGUGCAGUGACAAUAAAGGCCUUCUUCUUAAUGUAUGCAUUUUAGCCAGAGAAGACCAGUGGUUUGAAAGAGGAGUAAAAGAAGCCAUCUCUGUCAACUUGGAAUGACCAUCACUGAACAGAGGAGGCAGUCUGAGACACCAGUUACACUGGUCAACAAUUUUUCAGAAGUUGUCUGCUUCAGAGAUGAAAUUGGCUGUUUGUUAUGAAAUUUGGUGUGUUGAAUUCAAAUAUGACAAUUAAAACAGCUGAUUGGCUUCGGCUUCCAAUAUAUUUAAGAUUUUACAUUUUAUACUUAUGUACAUUGUGUAGAUAGUAAGGUUUUAAGUAUAAAUUGUAAACCUAGGUCUCUUCAUGUGUUUAUGGUUGGUUUACAUGAUAUUUCACCUGUUCUCUUUAUGUAAGACUAGAAAAUCAGCAAAAAGUUUAUAUAAAUAAAAUGUAUUAUGAACCAAAUGGCAAAGAAAAAAAAACAGUUAUGUAUGAGUACUGAAUAGGUUUAGUCCUUUUUCAGUGUGUACUCAGUACUUUUUGGCAGCUUGUCUUUUGUAUUCAUGAAACGGAGCAUGUCUUGUCAAGCAAAGACUUAAUCUCGAUUGCAUAGCACUAUGAUUUUUUUUGAGCAGAUAUCAGGCAAUUUGUUCAGCAGUGAUGUAAGUUAAUUUAUGAUUGCAUCAUCAAUGACUUCUAGGAAUAACAUGAUAUCAUGUAUGAUGCAAUACCGGCUUCAGAUUGCAUUUUGCCAAAAAAACAAGUAAGUACUAUCCAAACCCAAUCAUAGAUUUAUUCAUAGAACCAAUCUUGAAAACUAGAGCCAAUGAACAAUUUUAAGUUUCACUUUCAUUCUCAGCGACCCAGAAUUAGUAAAGUUUGAUUAUAUUUAUUUCGGAAGCACUUUGGUUGUAGACCAGUGUUAUCACUACUUAUUGGCAGAGAGAGCCAGUGACCCACAGAUCACCCUAACGGCCCUCUAGGCUGCUAGCACCGUUCACACCCAGCCUCCACUGACCCUAACAACCUACAGGAUGUCUGAGGGGGGCAACGACCCAUGUGACCUGAAUGACCCUCCUUAAGGCCAAUUUAUGCUGACAACCCAGUCCUCGCAGAUGGCGUCGCAGAUAGCGUCUGCGUAGCCCCCCACCUUCGCAGACGCUCUGCGCUCACCUCCCAAAAAUUGUGACCACCUCAGAAGCCUCGCAGACAGCGUCGCAGACAAGAGGGCUCUGAUUGGUCCACUCUACAUCCGCUGUACACGCACUUCCGCUUCCCUACUUUCCCGGUUUGGUUUGUUUUCAUGACCACCAUUUUUAAAAACACGAGCGAAGAUGGAGCAGCACGAAGAGCGGUUGAUCGAGGAAGUGAGGAAGUACGUACAUCUAUACGACUCCAGUUCUAGUCAUUAUAAGUAACCAGAGGAUAAACACUCCACUAACCACACCCACCAACUACUCCUAGCGAUUUUGCGACUUCGCGCCCCCUUGCGUUGUGGCGGUGAAUAACAUCGCGCACGCCUAUUACUCCCCGCUCAACGAUAAAUUACAACUGUCUGCGAAAAGCUAUCUGCGAAAGCCUUGUCGCAAGAGCAUGCAGAGGCCCUUAGGGUUGCUUUUAGUCCACUAGAGGAUAAAUACCUGAACUGAAGAAGCCUUUCGGAUGAGAGGUGAAACGUCUUCAAGGAUUUCAAGCAAGUCCAGUUACCUUCUUUAGCACCUACGGUUAAAGAUUAAGUGGAUUAAAGAAAGAGGUGCUAGUUAGCAAAGGCUCAUACUUUAGCUGUCAUCUUAUAGUCCAGUCAUAUAACUUGGUUCCUCUUGUGUUAAAAAAAAGGCAGCUCUUGCUUUGGAUUCUGUAUCAGUCUUCACUUACCAAAACAUAAAAAUGUUUGCCUUCAGCAAUAGUCAAGGCCACUACAGUCAAAUACGAUGCCACUAUGGUUUGCUCUUAAUAAACAAUUUCCUACUAAAAUCAGAUAGUAAUGAAAGUAUAUUGUAUAUAAUGGAAAGUACGAAUGUAGUUUAUUUAACCAGAGGAUUUAAUAGUACACAAGGGCUCUGGGAUAAUGUGUACAUGUUUGAACGUGACCUAAAUCCACUAAGUUAUUUUCUUUCCUUUUUUUUUUUUUUUUUCCAAAAUUUUCAAAGUCAAGACUGGUACCUAUAUUGUGCUUUCACUAAAUAUCUACUAUGGAAUAAUAAGCAAAGUGCUUUUAAACUUAAAUCCGUUGCUUACAAAUGUGCCACUUGAUGUCUGUUAGGAUGUUUAAUUUAUUUUAUAAAUGGAAAAUGCCAAAAUAAGGGGUUAUUUAUAUACAUAUAAAUAUAUAUAAAUGUAUAAAUAUACAUAUGAUUAAAUAGUGUGUAGUUUAAGAAUAUAUUUCAUGUUAGAGGCUUUUUGCACCAGUUGGAUGUUCUGUGACUUUCAUGUCAAUUUUUUUGCUAUACAGUUUGCAGAGAAAAAUAUUUUGCAGAACAAUGUUGCUUUGAAAUUCAUCUGUUUGUACUGUUUAUUUGGGUUUGGGGUUUUUUUGUUUGUUUUUUAAGCUGUCUGCGGCUAGUCAAUGGACCAUUCUGUCUGUGUUUUUGUAUUUAUAUUGUAUUUGUCAAACUUCUAGCAAUGGGAACUACUAAAAAAAAAUACUGUUGUUAUCCUGCUACUUUAAUACUGUUUUAUAGUAUGUGUACCAAUAAAC